CGCUGUGCAUCCUGUGCACAACACCCAGCGGGAUGAGAACGGGCCGGGCGCCUGAAAUUGGGGGGCCGAAGCCCAGCCCGCCGCGUCAAGGAGCUAUUUGGUGGAGUGCAGCACCGCCGCUGCCAUCAAAUGCGGACGAGGCUGCUUCGUCGCAGGCCAGCCGCAUCUCUGACGCGCAGCUGAAGGACUGGCUGAGCUGCACAGCAGGAUGGAAGGCGCUGGAGCUGACCUGGGGCGCACUGCAGGGGUGUGAGGUGACGCACGAGCAGCUCAAGGUGGCGCUGCAGGCCUCCAUGGCCGAGGCCGCCCGGCUGGGCGCCCGGCGUCUGGUGGUCCGGCGGCUGGACGUGGACGAGGUGCUUGGGCGCUGGGGGCUGGGGCUGGCGCUGGCGGCCUGGCCCUGCUUCGGCGCCCUCAAGCUGCAGGAGCUCAACCUGUACGACGAGGCCAUGGCCCACCUGUGCGGCGCGCUUCACUCCGCGGAGCACCUGCGGCGCCUGGUGCUGGACACGGUGUGGGCCAGCGCGGGCGGCUGGGCGGCGCUGGGCGCGGCGGUCAAGGUCAACACCAGCCUCACCAGCCUCAGGCUGCGCGACUGCGUGGCCUCGGAACCGGGUGGCGGCGGCGGGGCUGGGGCUGGGGCGGGUGGUGGCGGCGGCGGUGCGCUGGGCCCUCUGUGUGCGGCUCUGUCGGACCAGCAGGGGCAGCUGGCGGAACUCAGCCUGGCACACAACCCGCGGCUGGGGGAGGCGGGCGUGGCGGAGGUGUGCAAGGCGCUCAUCCGCAGCAUGUCCCCCGGCGGCGGCCCCGCUCUGCGCCCCACCCGCCUGGCGCACUUGGACCUGUCCCACACCGGCGCCGGGCCGGGCUGCGUGGCGGGGCCGGCGGGGCUGGCGGCGGCGGUGCGGGCGGCGCGGUCGCUGCGGCACCUGGACGUGUCACACAACCCGCUGGGGCCGGAGGCGGUGCGGGAGCUGUGCCGCAGCCUGUCGUCCGCGCCGCACCUGACCCGCCUGCAGCUGGCGGGCACCGGGGCGGACGACACCGCGGCGGAGGCCCUGGCGCGAGGGGCGCUGCUGCUCAACGUCAGCCCCGCAGGCGCCUGCCUGUCCUGCCUGGGCCUGGCGCACAACCGGCUCACGGCGCGCGGCGCGGCGGCUCUGGCUGCGGCAGCGCGGCGGCCGGGCUGCAGCCUCACGGACGUGGACCUGGGCCACAACGCGCAAGUGGGGGAGGCGGGCGCCCGCGCCUGGGCCGAGGUGCUCACCUCCCCCGGCGGCGGCUGCCGGCUGCGGCGCCUGGUGCUGUCGGGCUGCGAGGUGCCUGACGCCGGCGCCUACUGCCUGGGCGCGGCGCUCAAGGGCAACGGCUGCCUCGCCGAGCUGGGGCUGGCGGAGAACCACAUCUCCACACGGGGUGUGGCUCUGCUUGCCGAGGUGCUCAAGUCCAACACCUCCCUCAAGCUGCUGGACCUGGGGCUGAACGCGGUGGGGCCGGUGGGCAUGACGCCCUUCGCACAAGCCGCCGGGGCUGCAGCAACAACAACAUCAGCGCCCGCAAGUGCGGCCGCCGCGGCCGGCAACGGGCACGGCGCCGGCACCACUCACACCGGCAGCACCAGCAGCUGCGUGGUGAAGACCGAGGUGCUUCGCGAGUACCGCGCAGUGGAGGCGGUGAAGAACAGCGACGGGCCCUGGGAGGCCGAGCGGGCGGAGCGCCAGGCGGAACGGCGGCGCCAGGCGGCGGCGGCAGCAGCCAACCCCUUCCUGGACUCGCCACCGGCGGCAGCCAGCGGUACAGGCGCGGGCGUACGGCAAGCGUCGAAUCCGUUUCUGUCGCCGGCGGCGAGCUACGUGAACCCGUUCCUGGAUCCGCCUUCGGCGGCGGCGGCGGCGGCGGGGGUGGCGGGCGGCGUGGCGGCGGCGGCGCUUGUGGGCGAUGCGGAGGCGGCGGCGCGGAACCCGUUCCUGUCGCCGGAGGGCUCCUACGUCAACCCCUUCCUGUCGCCCACCAAGCCCGGACCGGCGCACUCGGAGGCACACCUGGACGAUAACCCCUUCCUGUCGCCCGCGGCCACAUCGCCCGCGGGUGAUGGCGGGCCGCUGGAGGAGGGGGAGGGGGAGGGGGAGGUCGGGGGCGGCACGGCGGGCCGGCAGCGGGCGACACGCGUGGUGACCCGGCUUCAAGGAGGCAGCGGCGGCGGCAGCCGGGGCAGCCGGGACAGCGGGGUCACGGGCGUGUACGUGAGCAGUCGCUCCACAGCCGACUCGGCGGACCUGGUCACAGACACGGACAUGCGCAUGGUGGAGUACAUGCUUGAGACGAUGGGCUUUGCACCGGGUGCACCCCACCUCCACCACCACUAUCAAGAUGACCUGAAGCAGGAGCAGGCGCUGCAGGGGCAGGAGCAGGCGCUGCAGGUGCAGGGCGCCGCGCCGCCGCAGCAGCUAGAACUAGCGCCGCCGUUGGCUCCUGGACCCUCCGCGGUCCUGCCGCCCCAGCCGCCUGCGGAGCAGCAGCAGCAGCGGCCGGAGCAGCAGCAGCAGCAGCCGGUGCAGCAGCAGCAGCAGCAGCAGCAGCAGCAGCAGCAGCCGGCGCAGCAGCAGCAGCAGCCGGUGCAGCAGCAGCAGCAGCAGCAGCAGCAGCAGCAGCCGGCGCAGCAGCAGCCGGUGCAACCAGCCGAGCCCGCAGCAGCAGCGAUGCCCCCAUCGCACUCGGCGUCAGACAACCCCUUUGCCGCACCACCGGCGGCAGCCGACCAUCCGUUCGCGAGCGACAACCCGUUCUUUGCAGGCGUGCCACCGGCACACGCGGUACCCCCAGCCGCCCCACACCUGGCGCCGCCGGCACACCACCAACACCACCACCAACACCAGCACCACCAACACCACCAACACCACCAGCACUUCCUGCUGCGUCAAUAGCCCCUGUGCCGGCUGUGC